AUGACGGAGGAUUCAGAUUCACAUCGCGAUAAACGUCCAAGAUUCGAUGCUGGACAAACCGAAAGUGAGGAUAAAAUGGAAAUUGACACAGACGCUAUAUUCACAAAUCACGAUCGGCAACAAGAUACAUCUAUGGCGGGCGGCCCCGAAGGUGUAGAUAUACAUCCGGAUUCUGAAAGGAGGAGGAAGAAUGAGACGAUCAACCUGGAACAGCAGAAAGAUAUGGGUGAACCAUUCCUUCUUUGCAGAUCCAAGCCUGAACCGCAAAGACCGAACCCUCAACAGCAUCUUUUGGCCGUAUAUGGGCUCGGUCCGUUAUUGAAAAGUGUCGCACGUAUACAUCCAUUGUCCGGGGAGAAGAUCAACAAACUCCGAAAAUCCUACGAGGGACAAAUCAAAGACUUCGGGCUUCCUGGUAGAAACAAGGCUGUCAGAGGUGAACGAAACGUUGACGAAGAUCAACCUGGACCGUUGAGACGAAUGGCAGGAUCUACCCCCUGGGGCCUUCAAACCGAUGAACAAUGGAACUCAGAACACGUUCAAUCCAAGAUCAACAUUACACCGGACUUUCAACUGAAAGUGAAGCAAGCAAUGCAACUGCAACCUGGUACUGUUCGAAACAAUACCUAUUGGGAGAGCGAACUUGGGCUGUCCGACAAAGCCAAGGUCAAUGCAGUCCCACCACGAGACCAAAGCUCCCAGCGAGCCAUGCACAAAAUUCCAAAUGGAAUUCAAAGGCCACCACAACAGAUGGUGGGUGAACCUAAACGCCAAACCCGUGGUAAGAAACGAAGCUAUGGUGAUGAUAGCUAUGUGGGUUAUGGGGAAGGCUAUUCAGAUGGAGACUAUUCCGGCGAUGAUGGUUUCAGCCAGAGAAAACGGAAGAAGGUGAUUUGA